AUGAGGGAGCUGGUUGUGAAGAACGGAGCAGCACAUCAAUGCCUUCUACAGCCUCCUUCAUCCCUUCCACGCUCACCCACUGCCAUUACCAAAACACCAAGCACAGCCCUUCUGCAGCAAGAUGCAUUUGUUUUUAUUAAAACCAAACACAUUGUGUAUUUAGUGGGGGAGGGGGGUGGAGGGAAUGGAACUCAAUCAGGUUUUUCGCCACCAAAUUUUUCAAGAAGUUUCUUGAGACCAUUGCCUUUAAAAAAAAAACAAAACUAUUUUCGACAUACAAAAUAUUUAUAUAAAUAUUAUUUAUUAGUGAGUUGUUAUUCAUCCUUUGGAUGCAAAUUGUAA